AUGGCGGUGGUUGCCUCUUUCAGAGGCGUCGCUCAUGGCCGCUUACCUUUAUUUCAUCAUCCUCAGUUGCCUGCUGGUAGCAUAUCAGCUGCACAGAGGAAGCUCACUCGUCGCCCCAAUGGUUUAACUCUUGUUGCUCGAUAUUCACAGACACAAGAUUUUUUCACUUCUCGUCUUCAAGACAGAAUUGAGAAUUUGCCAAAACUAGUGGAGGAUAUAGUCCAGACAUCUAUAAAUACAGGUCCACGUGGGGCUCUGAGGCUAGCUCAAGGUAUUCAAGCAAUCAUUGGAGUGGGUGGCGAGUGGCUCUCAGAUGUAUCCAAGUCAACAAAUUCAUCCGCUGGCUUACCAACUCAGAUGCAGCUUGGAUUACUAUCCCCCCUGUACCUCAGAAAAUUAUUUGAACGCAUGGGUGCUACAUAUGUCAAACUAGGUCAGUUCAUAGCAUCAGCGCCCACAUUAUUUCCCCCAGAAUAUGUCCAGGAGUUUCAGUACUGUUUUGAUAGAGCUCCUGCUGUUCCUUUUGAAGAGAUCAACAUCAUAUUGCGUGCAGAACUGGGGAGACCAAUAGAUACCGUGUAUGAGUACGUCGAUCCAACUCCAAUUGCCUCAGCAUCUAUAGCGCAGGUUCAUGGUGCAAGGCUCAGAGGUUCCCAAGAGGAUGUGGUCAUAAAGGUCUUGAAACCUGGAAUCGAAGAUAUAUUAGUGGCUGAUCUGAACUUUGUGUACGUUGUUGCUCGCAUUUUGGAAUACGUGAAUCCUGAAUUGAGCCGUGCAUCACUGUGUUAA